AUGCUAAACUGCAACAGCGGUGGCGUCUUCGUAUCAUACCCUUGGGCGCCAGCAGGUCCUGACAUCUACCGGUAUGACGAAGACCUCAAAUCCUCCUAUUUCAGGAGGAAAGUACAUGUGGAUCCUUCGCGUUACACUUGGAUGCCAUCUGACGACGAAUCGGUGAGGAUGGAGAAGCCUAAAUCUAUUUUAGAACCUACACAUUCUUCGGGAUCCAACCAAACACCAGCACCGAUCAAGAAGCACGUGUCGUUCGCCCGUUCCCACACCCUAACCUCAUUCGACGACGCCUUCGUCUCCCUGAACUCGUCCUCGAGUCAUCUGGGAAAGAUGACUAGGAGCCAGGAGCGUCUUCUGGACGUGAGGAAGACGGAAACGCAGCCAAUCACCCGCCAGCCAGAGCCAUCCGAGAGUGUCUUAUUGAUUGAUAAACUGAAGAGAACCCCAAUGAAAUGCCAAGCAACACAAACAGACGUCGGCUUAGGAAGAAAACCUGUUCCAGCUGCCAAUAUCUCACUCAGUCCAAGAACGAUACAAAGGGUGAAAAUGGUCUCCCAAGGAGCUCAAACUAACGGCUUCAGUGCUAACGGCAGACGAUUGACAAAAUCUUUUUCCGAAGCUGGUAGCAAAUUCCAAGUCGCUGCCACAGAAACUGGCGAAUAUUUCAACUGUGAAACUGUUCCAGACCACGAACCGCUUCAACGUACCCAAUCGGACGAACCUCCAAGAUCUCCCUUCAUAUUAAAUCCAUCUCCCACACCCUUGCAGGAUAUUCCACCACCCUUACCAAGUUUCAGCGAAACCUCUUCCAUAUCUAAGUCAGAUUACGAAUCCGAGGAAUCGGAUGCAAAAAAAGAGAUCUUCAUAGACUUCAAACCCCGUCUUAGUCCCUGUGAAGCGAAACCAUCGAAGAGGCCCCUGACGAAGGCCAUGUCCGAUGGGGAAAUCCUAGUAGAUCAAUUGAAUCCAAUUGAACUAGUUUCGCCAGUUAAACCAUCCACUUCACUGAGCGAAGAGUAUCUGAAAGUUGAAGAUGAACCUCAGAGAAACUUCGUGCCAUACUUUCAAAAAUCACCUAUUCGCCACGAGGGUAUCUUCAAGAAAUUAGACGAUCCAAUUUUUUCUUCAUUGUCUUUCGAUGACCCCAAUGGACCAGUUCAGCCACAAGAUUCGAUGGAUGAAGAGUUCCACGAAAACUUAAUCUAUAAUAAGAUGUACAUCAAUCACCAAGAUAGCCUGAGUAUUACUCAAGACGAAGUCCAGAAGAAGAAAAUCGAAACUCCAACUCCUGAAGAUGAAUGCGUCGUUCCCUCUAUAUCAAUGCAGAAAUCCCCCUUCAACUCGACUGAUUCUUUAGUUAAUGAUAACAGGGACCAUUCAGAUGGGAUUUGGAAUGAAUCGCAAGCCACUGUACUUCAAGUUGAUUCAGGCACUGAUAACGGAACAGCUAUCAGUUCUUCUGAAAUAGCUUCACUCACUUCUCCAGGUUCUGUUAACCUUUUGACACCUUCUUCAAGAAGGCGACAUCUGUUGAUGCUCCAGCAUCAGCAACGGUCCUCGUUUGAUACUGAGAAUUUGGACGAUGAGUUCAUCGAACAGAUCCAAUCGGAAAACACACCGAAAAUUGUCAUAAACAAACCAAAACGGCAGUACCAAUCAGAACAGCUACUCAGACCGUUGAACACGCCGAACUUCAAAGAUUCCACAUGUUCACUUUCACGGAAAAAGAGAUCUCCUGAAUCUCCUUCUAAGUCACCUCAGCCAGCUAUAGUUCCUGACUUACUCCUCGCCAGGACAGACUCUUGUAAGACAAAUACGGACGUAUCAGAAAGCACGACCACCGACGACUAUAUCACUGCCAAUUCAGGGACUGACAGCUCGAGAAAGAGCGGUUCCACAAGUAGGGGAAAUGAUAUUUAUUCAUCAGUUCACCAAAUCCAUCCCGCAUUCGAAGAGAGUUCGUUCGAAAGCACCAAAGGGGACUUUCUAGAUGACAUGGUGGUCCCGUCGGUGCUGCCACCUAUCGUAGACGAACCGAUAUCGCAUCAUCGUAGCUCAUCAAACACUCCAGUGCCUCAUGAGUCUCGAACUGGCCGUUCAACUCCGUCCGACUCCAGCUCCUCUUGCGGAAGCUACAGCAUCAACGGUUCCUGUCCAGACUUACUUGAGAGAUCCACAGUGCCUUCAAAACUGUCCGAGAAUGAACGUUACAAGAAAUACUCAUCUCCUGGGUGCUACGAAUCGCCUAAUGAAGAUGAACAUUCUCGGCAUUCCCUACAUAAUGAGACUGCAACUGAACCCCAUCAUAAAAAGAGACCAUAUUUGUUAGAAAUCGCCAAACACCAAGAGCCCCAAAGACUAUCUCCCAGCGAAAAAUACAAGAACUCGAAAAAAGAUGUUAAGGUAUCGCCUUCGAGAGAUCACCACAAAACCUCGGAUAAGCCCAAGAGAACGAAGAUGAGGAACAGGAGUCCUAUGCAGAACCACAAGAAAAUUCAACAGAAGAAAUCGUAUUAUUUGAGAACUGAUGCAAUCGACGAUGAUAGGAUAAAAUCUUGUAGGGAAGGAGGAAAAGCGACAUCUGAUGAAUCCAGUUGCGACUUUGCUAUUGGGAAAUAUGUAAUCAGUCAGACUUCUCCAAGGAAGUCGAAAAAAGGUAAAGAAAGUAAUAGAAGAAAGUCCCUGCCUAGAUCGCCAAUAAUUCAACCUGUUAGGAGAGGAUCAGAAGAGAAGUCCGUCAGUCUUCCUGGUAGUUUACAAAGAAGAAAAUCAUCGAAAUCGAAGUGUCUCCAGCCAGGAGAUGCAAAUACAACGAACCCACAUAGUCCAACUGGAUCGCCGAAUUCCAAAAGCUCUAAGAGUAGAAGCCCUCAAUCUAGAAGUCCGGAAAACACGAAACUCAAAGCGCUCAGUGCAGAGUCACUCAGAUCAGUAAGUCCUGGAAGUGAUAGUGUAUUUUAUAGUGAUCCUAGUAGUCAUGCAACAGAUCAUCAGGUGCAUUGUUUGCAUUGUGGUAAAGAAGUAGACAUCAUCACAACGACGGAUAUCGAAAAAAGCAGCAACAGUAGUCAACACGACAUUGUUCAACCACCAGCAGGUUUCGAAGAUUCUCCCAAACUGAAGCAUCCGAGUGGUAAGAUCUACAAGAAGCUCAAUAGAAGGAUACGUUCUGAAGAAAGAAAUCUAUUGGACCAGCGGAGACAUAGAUAUAAACCGGAUGUGAGAGCCAAGUCAGAAGAAAGAGAUGUUAAUAUAAUGUACAACAAAAAACUGCGGCCGAUGGAUAGAUCGACAACGAAUAGCCAGGAGAUCUUAAAGACCACAGAUUCCAGUCCUAGUGUGCUGCCUGGUGCACCGGAAGAGGAAGAUGAUUAUGGAAUAUACGAUGUGCCUUAUACUGAGGGUUAUUGGAUUUAUUUGGAUGAAAAAGACAUGCAGUCCAAAGCAGCGUCCCCUAUAGAUAAAAUUAGAAGCUGUUCUGUGUCGAGUACUGAAUCGGAACAAGAUUUUAAGAAACGUUACCAAUCAGUCAUUCAUCGAAUGGUACAUAGAAAAUCGUGUUUGGAGAUGUACAAGAGGCAAACGAGCAGAUCAUUUGCAUGUUUUAUUCAUGAUUAUAAAUUGGGAUCGAAUUUUUUCAAUCUUUCAUCUAGUUCACCUUGGUUUGCGAAGGAUAUGGUUGAAAUUUUCACUAGUAACGUAGUAGGUACAAAUAGUGUUAGUUCCGAUGUGAAGAACACGAUCAUGUUUUUUUCAGAGAAUGGUUUCGCCACAGAUUCCGAAGAUGAACACAAUCAUCUUCGGCACAAAUUGGAAGAGAUUCUGAAACUCAUGUUAGUGAUAUGGUGUAAGGAAAAUCAGGCCUUGAAUGUGAUCACAGCAGAGAGAAACGAAAGCGAUAAAACAGUUGUAGUACAAAGACAGUCCGGAGAAUUUGGAUUCAGGAUACACGGAUCAAAACCAGUUGUGGUUUCAGCCAUAGAACCUGGUACACCAGCGGAAACGUCAGGAUUAGAAGUAGGAGACAUAGUUUUAGCAGUAAAUGGAGUCAGUGUCAUAGAUAAGAGCCAUUCCGAAGUUGUCAAAAUCGCACAUGCUGGUAGUGAUACUUUGACCUUAGAGGUUGCUAGAACAUGUUACGCUGUCAACACAGCACAAGAUGUACAUUCCACUCCUGCCCUCUACAGUGGCUAUCUCUGGAAAUUAAGCGGGUACGCUAGUGGGAUCCCCUCCAAUAAAUGGAUUCGGCGAUGGUUCGUCCUCAGGCAGAAUAAUUGCCUCUAUUACUAUAAGACUGAUUCUGAUAAACAGCCUGUUGGAGCCAUGAUGCUCUACGACCACGAGGUUAGGAAACUAGAGGACAACGAGGGAGGUCUAUCCAAACCAAACAGAUUCAGCAUACAGAGGCCGGACUCAGUACCCCUACAACUGUCAGCCGACAACAGAGAGGCUCAAACCAGGUGGAUGGAAGUGAUUGCCAAAGCCAUAGCAGAUAGUCAAAUUGUUGACGAGUUUCUGGAAGAGACUAAGAGGAACUUGGUGUUGGCUCCCUGUUCGAUUACAAACCCAGACUGUUUUGGAUACUUGGUGAAGCUGGGGAACCAGUGGAAGAGUUGGAGUCGAAGGUAUUGCGUGCUGAAGGAUGCUUGUCUAUAUUUCUAUUCUGAUGCCAGCUCGAAAAACGCUUUCGGUGUGGCAUAUUUGCAUGGAUAUAGAGUACAGCAGUCUUUACCUGGAAGCAAAAAGCACGCGUUCGAAAUUAUACCCCCAGACCCAGAAAGAAAGCACUACUAUUUCCAUUCAGAAUCUGAUGCUGAUAGAAGAAGAUGGAUCGCUGCUCUAGAAUAUUCGAUAGACAGAUGGCUGAAAAUAAACUAGGGACCUUUUUCGAUAUCCACGCAAUAUUUGAUACAGAAUAUGUAAUUUUUUUUAUUCGACGAUAAGGAAAACUAAAUGAGAUUAUUUCGAGAUCACCUCAAUUUAUUUAUCAGAAACAAUGAUGUAAAACUUGUAUGACAUGUAAUGAAAAUGUGUAUGCAUGAUUUUUUUAAUAAAAUGAAAAAAAAUCGA